CUGUUCACAGGUGUGCUGGCUCUUUGAUAUCUCAGGAUGCCACUGGUAAAAAGAAAUAUAGAUCCUAGGUAUCUUUGUCAUACAGCACUGCCACGAGGCAUCAAGAAUGAACUCGAAUGUGUUACCAAUAUCUCCUUGGCAAAUAUAAUCAGACAACUAAGCAGUCUAAGUAAAUAUGCAGAAGAUAUCUUCGGCGAGCUUUUCAAUGAGGCACACAGUUUUUCUUUCAGAGUGAAUUCCUUACAAGAACGUGUGGACCGUUUAUCUGUCAGUGUCACACAACUUGAUCCAAAAGAAGAAGAACUUUCAUUGCAAGAUAUAACAAUGAGAAAAGCUUUCCGAAGUUCCACAACACAAGAUCAGCAACUCUUUGACCGCAAGACUCUGCCAAUUCCGUUGCAAGAGACUUAUGAUACAUGUGAGCAACCUCCUCCGCUCAACAUUCUUACCCCUUACAGAGAUGAUGGAAAAGAGGGUUUAAAGUUUUACACCAAUCCUUCAUAUUUCUUUGAUCUGUGGAAAGAAAAGAUGUUACAAGACACAGAAGACAAAAGAAAGGAAAAGAGAAAGCAGAAGCAGAAGAAUCUGGAUCGUCCUCAUGAACCGGAAAAAGUGCCACGGGCUCCUCAUGACCGACGGAGAGAGUGGCAGAAGUUAGCUCAGGGUCCAGAACUUGCUGAGGAUGACGCCAGUCUCUUACAUAAGCACAUUGAAGUUGCUAAUGGCCCUGCAUCACAUUUUGAAACAAGACCUCAGGCGUAUGUGGAACAAAUGGAUGGGCCUUACUCCCUUUCUGCACUGCCGUACAGCCAGAUGACCGAACUACUGAGCAGAGCAGAGGAACGUGUCUUAGUAAGGCCACAUGAGCCACCUCCACCCCCACCAAUGCAUGGAGCAGGAGAUGUCAAACCCAUUCCACCCUGUGUCAGUUCCACCGCAGGUAUGGCUGAAAAUCGCCCUCAGUCCCCUGCUACAGGCAGAACACCAGUGUUUGUGAGUCCCACUCCACCCCCGCCUCCUCCACCCCUUCCAUCUGCUUUGUCCACUUCUUCAUUAAGAUCUGCCAUGACUUCCACUCCCCCUCCUCCAGUGCCGCCGCCUCCCCCUCCUCCGACAGCUGCUUUGCAGCCUCCAGCUAUACCUCCACCCCCAGCUCCUCUCCAGAUUGCUCCUGGAGUUCUUCACCCUGCUCCUCCUCCGAUUGCACCUCCUUUAGCACAGCCCUCUCCUCCAGUCACUAGAGUGGCCCAAGUAUGUGAAACCAUUCCAGUUCCACAAGGUGAAAUGCAAGGACUUCCACCACCUCCACCUCCUCCUCCUCUGCCACCUCCUGGCAUUCGACCCUCAUCACCCGUUACAACACUCUCCUCUCACACUCCCACGUCCAUUGUCCCUGGUGCUCAUGUACCAAUAAUGCCGCCAUCCCCGCCAUCACAAGCCACUCCUGCUCCUGAAUCCAAACGUCACCCAUCAACACUACCUGUCAUCAGCGAUGCCAGAAGUGUCCUCCUUGAAGCAAUACGAAAAGGUAUUCAGUUACGAAAAGUUGAAGAGCAACGUGAACAAGAAGCUAAACAUGAACGUGUUGAGAAUGACGUUGCCACCAUAUUGUCUCGUCGCAUUGCUGUGGAAUAUAGCGAUUCAGAAGAUGACUCAGAGUUCGAUGAAGUUGAUUGGUUGGAGUAGAAUGGAUAUGCUACAAAACUGAAUGCUGAUGUCCAUUGUGGUGCUUGUUCUUUGAAAAUGUUUGAUCAUUUCUAGUGUUUUUGUAUUUUCUUUAUAUAAUCCAUCUUUUUCUACUUUUCAGUUCAUAAAAUGUUGGCACAUCUUUGAAACUAAAUGUUUUACAGUGAGACAGCUCUUUAAAAAGAGUGUAACUUUGUUCCAGUAGACCACUAAGUAUUAAGCAUGGGCAGCUGUUGGUAGAAUAGCAGAUUAAAUUUUCUGGCAUAUCUUUAACUGUGCACUUUGUGAAUUUUAAGUUAUGAAGGCAAUUAAGACUGAAGUUUCCAGGGCAGCUGUAUGUACUAAUGAGCCUUACUACACUGUUGAUGAUUUAAAAACAGGAAAGAAGGGUGUUAACCAUCAAGCACUACAGUUCCUUGUUAUUUCAGUGGGACCUGACUAGGAGAAAAACUUGGAGGAAUACACCCUAGCUAUCACUACCUUUAUCAAAUCUGUACGCUACAAGAUACAUGUAGUUCUAGCAGCACUGGACACUAAAAGAAAAAGAAAUGAGGAUUUGGGGGAGUUUUAUUGAUGUUUUUAUUAAAUAAUUAUGGCCUUAUUUGAAUGUUUGAGGUUAUUUCUUCCUGGUACCUAUUGUGUAAUGAUAAUUUGCCUGCUUAAGAUUUUAAUUUUUCUCCCUUUGUGAAACUUUCUGACUUAGUCAUUCUGUGUAACUUAUGUGACUGUUAGAAAUAACAGUUUGAUUUAAA